AUGGAUGACCACGAUCCCCUGGGCUUGGGCCCGCCGGGCCUUAUGGGUCCGUCCAGCGCGCCCGGCCAAGUGCCGCUCGCGCUGGGAGGACAGCUCAUGGGGGGCGGCACAGCGGCAUACCCCCAGCAGCAGCAGCAGCAACAGCAACAGCAGCAGCAGCAGCAGCAUCAGAUGGUGAUGGGCGGCACGCAUCCGGCGGAGGCAGCGGGCGCCGUGACUCCAGAGCAGUUGCAGUUGCUGCUGCACCUGCAGUCGCAGCAGCAGGCGGACGCCGCCUCGCUGUCACCGCACGCGCCCGAGGCGCCGGCCGCACCCACCGCGCCCGCGCCCUCGCCCGCGCCGGCACCCCCGCCGCCGGCCGCCCCCGCUUCGCCCGCGCCCGCGCCGCCGCGGCAGCCGCUCCCGAAGCAGCUGACGGCGGCGGUCAAGUCGGCCAGCAACGUCGAGCGGCUGGCGCAGCUGUUUAACGACCAUUCCGCGCUGCUAAACCCCAUCCACGUCGCCGCAAUGAUCACAAAGCUGCCAAAGCUGGAGGCGAACCUCGGCGUCGGCCACAUGUCUGCCAACCCCG